UUCCUUUUCCGCGGAUGAUUUAAGAGCAGCGCGAAAAGUCGGUGGUAGGAUUGGGAUUGUGGCGCGGGGCUGCAUGGCUGGUUCUGGGACGCUGAGCGCUUUCCGUCUCCCGCCGUUGCCCACGAUUCGAGAAAUCAUUAAGUUAUUCAGGCUGCAAGCAGCGAAGCAGCUGUCCCAGAACUUUCUCCUGGACUUGAGGCUGACAGAUAAAAUUGUAAAGAAAGCUGGAAAUCUGACAGAUGCUUAUGUGUAUGAAGUGGGCCCUGGGCCAGGGGGAAUCACAAGAUCCAUUCUUAAUGCCAAUGUUGCUGAACUUUUGGUGGUUGAAAAGGAUAGUCGAUUUAUUCCUGGAUUACAGAUGCUUUCUGAUGCAGCACCUGGGAAACUGAGAAUUGUCCACGGAGAUGUAUUGACAUUUAAGGUGGAAAGGGCUUUUCCGGAAAGUCUUAAAAGACAGUGGGAGGAUGAUCCUCCAAAUGUACACAUUAUUGGAAAUCUGCCUUUUAAUGUAUCAACUCCGCUGAUUGUCAAGUGGCUUGAAAAUGUUUCUUGUAGAGAUGGACCUUUCAUUUAUGGCAGAACCCAGAUGAUGUUGACUUUUCAAAAGGAAGUGGCAGAGAGACUGACAGCCAAUACAGGAAGCAAACAGCGUAGCCGCCUUUCUAUUAUGGCGCAGUACCUCUGCAAUGUUCAGCACAUCUUCACAAUUCCGGGUCAGGCUUUUGUCCCUAAACCAGAGGUGGACGUGGGCGUGGUGCACUUCACCCCCCUGGUGCAGCCCAGGAUCGAGCAGCCCUUCAAGCUGGUGGAGAAGGUUGUUCAGAAUGCAUUUCAGUUCCGGAGGAAGUACUGCUACCGAGGGCUUGGAAUGUUAUUCCCUGAGGUUGAGCGCGUGGAAAGCACUGGAAAACUGUUAGAGUUGGCAGACGUGGACCCUACCCUUCGACCCACCCAGCUCUCGGUGUCACAUUUUAAGAGUCUGUGUGACGUUUACCGAAAAAUGUGUGAUGAAGACCCACUGCUCUUUGCUUAUAAUUUCAGAGAAGAACUCAAACAAAAUAAAAGCAAAAACCAGGAAAAAGAGGAUGACAAGGAGAAACACAGACUCUAACAGCAAACCAAAUUUUGCUUUCCACAGUGUUGAGCUGCUCAGUUUUUUUGCAGUUUCUACUUGGCCACCAGUUUAAGUGAAACAAGCAGCCGAGCCCACGUCUGGCCGGAGACUGGACUACAACUGUCCGUGGCCCUCUGUUUCAUAAAAACACUCCUCGUUGACCACCGAGGUUAAACUCUGGACACUGAACUCCCGCUGCAGAACAGAACCGAGAUCAAGGUUGGCAUUUUCAGACUGGCUGUCGAGGGACUGAUGACGAAUCUGUGCCUUCAGCAAAGCUCCCCUGUCCCGUUUGGUGCUGUUGGCUUUCCGUUUAAUGGCGCAGAAGUGCCCCCGCACCAGCUUGGGCUGCUCCCCCUUGGGCCGGCCCUCCGUGCCGGGCUGCUCGGCUGGCUUGGCGUCCGGGGCGUCGGAGAUCCGCAGUCUCUGGAACUGAAUCUCAAUGUCUUUGGUAGGGCUGCCCUGUUGGAGAGUCUGAUGGUAGUCGUCCUCGUCGUCGCUCAGAAUGUCACUCUCUUUGAUGAGACUGUCCGACAGAUCAGCCAGGCCCGGCUGGGGCUGCUGCAGGGAAUCCUGCCUGCUCCCGCCCAAGGGGCAUCCGCUGCUCUGCGUGCCGCUGCUCAGGCUGCCCUCGUCAGAGUCCAGCGAGCUGCUGCCCUUGCUGGGCUCGCCGGGCCACUCGCUGCUGGAGGAAUUCUUGAGGACUUUUAAGGAUCUGGAGGAGGCUGCAAUGAGAGAAGCGCGUUUCCCCUCAUGAUCGAGAAACGGACUCUACAAUGCCCCAUACUCGCAAUGUAUAAGAUGUAUCACCUUAAUUACUUAAGAUUUCAUCAUCAUCUCACUCCUGUUACCAAUAUCCUGGGACUUGUGGGGGAAAAAGAACCUCGCAGAUACUGCAGGUGUGGAAAUUUUUUACUUAGGUUUAUUUGAAAUUUUACGUUGGAUGAUUUGGAGUUUCUAGAUGGCCUAUUACCAGAGCUCAAUUGUUUAGAUAGGACCACAAGCUAUAAACUAUUACAAAGGCUAGGACUCUUAGUUACGAAUAAAAUCUAGGCCCCUUUCUUUCACUAAUGAAAUUGGACAACAAAGAUUAUGCCGUAUUUGUACACCUACCUUCUCACCUUGUCUGUUUGCCUUGCUGCCCAUUAAAAGUAGAAAAACGCCCUUCA